UUCAGUUGCUUUUGAAUCAUCCUGUAUAUUUAGUAACAGGCUGUGGUUUUGGACAUGCUGGGUUUGAGAUGUGUUCCAAACAGCUAAAUGGAGAUGCUCGUAGGCAGAUAUAAAAUAGGGACCUGGAAUAGAGGAGGGUGAUCCGGGCCCAGAAUAUAAAUGGAGCUUCUUAGCAGGGGGUGUCAGCUGAGAGUGGAGUUCAUGAGUUUGCCCUUGGGAGCAUGUGUGUGGGAGAAGGCGGUGUGCUGAGGACUUUUAGGGAACACUGAUGUUUAAGGAGUGAAAAAGAAGCCAGCCAAAGAACUGUAAAAGGAGAUGGAAAAUGUGGGGAGAGCUCUGCAGAAGCCGUGGAGGGUCGAGAUUUCUGGAAGAAAGACAUGUGCGGCUGUGGUAAGCACUGAGGAGUGGUCAGGGCAGCCCAAUGGAUCCCAUGGUGAUGAAGAGACCUCAGCUGUAUGGGAUGGGCAGCAACCCUCAUUCUCAGCCACAGCAGAGCAGCCCUUACCCGGGAGGCUCCUACGGCCCCCCAGGCCCACAGCGGUACCCCAUCGGCAUUCAGGGUCGGACCCCAGGGGCCAUGGGAGGAAUGCAGUACCCACAGCAGCAGAUGCCGCCUCAGUAUGGACAGCAAGGCGUGAGUGGUUACUGCCAGCAGGGCCAGCAGCCUUACUACAACCAGCAGCCACAGCCUCCGCACCUCCCCCAGCAGGCGCAGUACCUGCCAUCCCAGUCCCAGCAGAGGUACCAGCCGCAGCAGGACAUGUCUCAGGAAGGCUAUGGAACGAGGUCUCAACCUCCUCUGGCUCCCGGAAAACCUAACCAUGAAGACUUGAACUUAAUACAACAAGAAAGACCAUCAAGUUUACCAGUUGAAGUCUUGACCUCGGAGGAUACCGCCUUUGGACUCAAGGAUCUGUCUGGCUCCAUCGAUGACCUCCCCACCGGAACGGAAGCAACUUUGAGCUCAGCAGUCAGUGCAUCCGGGUCCACGAGCAGCCAAGGGGAUCAGAGCAAUCCGGCUCAGUCGCCUUUCUCUCCGCAUGCAUCUCCCCAUCUCUCCAGCAUCCCUGGGGGCCCAUCGCCUUCUCCUGUCGGCUCUCCUGUAGGAAGCAACCAGUCCCGAUCUGGCCCAAUUUCUCCUGCAAGUAUUCCAGGCAGUCAGAUGCCUCCUCAGCCACCUGGGAGCCAGUCAGAAUCCAGUUCCCAUCCUGCCUUGAGCCAGUCACCAAUGCCACAGGACAGAGGUUUUAUGGCAGGCACACAAAGGAACCCGCAGAUGUCUCAGUACGGACCUCAACAGACAGGACCGUCCAUGUCGCCUCAUCCCUCUCCUGGAGGCCAGGUGCAUCCUGGAAUCAGCAGCUUUCAGCAGAGUAGCUCAAGCGGGACCUACGGCGCACAGAUGAGCCAGUAUGGACCACAAGGUAACUACUCCAGACCCCCAACGUAUAGUGGGGUGCCCAGUGCAAGCUACAGCAGCCCAGGGCCCGGCAUGGGCAUCAAUGCCAACAACCAGAUGCAUGGACAAGGGCCAAGCCAGCCAUGUGGUGCUAUGCCCCUGGGACGAAUGCCAUCAGCUGCGAUGCAGAACAGACCGUUUCCUGGAAAUAUGAGCAGCAUGACCCCCAGUUCUCCUGGCAUGUCUCAGCAGGGAGGGCCAGGAAUGGGGCCACCAAUGCCAACCGUGAACCGUAAGGCACAGGAGGCAGCUGCCGCAGUGAUGCAGGCCGCUGCAAACUCGGCACAGAGCAGGCCACCAUACAUUAGGUCGCCUGCUUAUCCCAGCCAGUCUGGGGCUGGCGGACGCCCCAUGUUUUCUUCCCAGCACCCCAACUAUGGCAACUCUCAGGCUCCCAUGAUGCACCAGCCUGACCAGUACGGGCAAGGCGGCUUUCCCGGCAUGAAUCAGAGUGGACUCAUGGCUUCCAGCUCUCCCUACAGCCAGCCCAUGAACAACAGCUCUGGGCUGAUGAACACCCAGGCGCCCGCCUACAGCAUGACGCCCAAUAUGGUGAACAGCUCAACAGCAUCUAUGGGUCUUGCAGAUAUGAUGUCUCCUGGUGAAUCCAAACUGCCCCUGCCUCUCAAAGCAGACGGUAAAGAAGAAGGCACUGCCCAGCCGGAGAGCAAGUCGAAGAAGUCCAGCUCAUCUACAACCACUGGGGAAAAGAUCACAAAGGUAUACGAGUUGGGGAAUGAGCCCGAGAGGAAGCUAUGGGUCGACCGAUACCUCACCUUCAUGGAGGAGAGAGGCUCCCCGGUCUCAAGCCUGCCUGCGGUGGGCAAGAAGCCCUUGGACCUGUUCCGGCUCUAUGUCUGCGUUAAAGAGAUUGGAGGUCUGGCACAGGUUAAUAAAAACAAGAAGUGGCGUGAGCUGGCAACCAACCUCAAUGUGGGCACUUCGAGCAGUGCAGCAAGCUCCCUGAAGAAGCAGUAUAUUCAGUACCUGUUUGCCUUUGAGUGCAAGAUUGAGCGAGGGGAGGAGCCCCCGCCGGAAGUCUUCAGCACGGGCGACACCAAGAAGCAGCCCAAGCUCCAGCCGCCAUCUCCUGCUAACUCAGGAUCCCUGCAAGGUCCACAGACACCCCAGUCAACUGGCAGUAAUUCGAUGGCAGAGGUUCCAGGUGACCUGAAGCCACCCACUCCAGCCUCCACCCCUCAUGGACAGAUGACCCCAAUGCAAGGUGGAAGAAGCAGCACCGUCAGUGUCCACGACCCAUUCUCAGACGCGAGUGAGUCAUCGUUCCCAAAACGCAACUCUAUGACCCCAAGUGCCCCAUACCAGCAGGGCAUGAGCAUGCCAGACGUGAUGGGCAGGAUGCCCUAUGAGCCCAACAAGGACCCCUUUGGAGGAAUGAGAAAAGUGCCUGGAAGUAGUGAACCGUUCAUGACGCAAGGACAGAUGGCCACCAGCAGCAUGCAGGACAUGUACAACCAAAGUCCGUCUGGAGCGAUGUCCAGCCUGGGCCUGGGGCAGCGGCAGCAAUUCCCCUACGGAGCCAGCUACGAUCGAAGGCAUGAACCUUAUGGGCAGCAGUACCCAGGCCAAGGCCCCCCCUCGGGACAGCCGCCAUAUGGAGGGCACCAGCCAGGCCUGUAUCCGCAGCAGACGAAUUACAAGCGCCAUAUGGACGGCAUGUACGGGCCUCCAGCCAAGCGCCACGAAGGGGACGUGUACAGCGUGCAGUAUGGCAGCCAGCAGCAGGAGCUGUACAACCAGUACGGGAGCUCCUACUCCGGGCCGGACAGGCGGCCCAUCCAGGGGCAGUAUCCCUACCCCUACAACAGAGAGAGGAUGCAGGGCCCCGGGCAGAUGCAGCCGCACGGGCUCCCGCCCCAAAUGAUGGGCGGCCCGAUGCAGUCGUCCUCCAGCGAAGGGCCUCAGCAGAGCAUGUGGGCGACACGCAACGAUAUGCCUUAUCCGUACCAGAACAGGCAGGGCCCCGGUGGUCCCGCACAGGCACCUCCUUAUCCAGGCAUGAACCGCACGGAUGAUAUGAUGGUACCUGAUCAAAGGAUGAAUCACGAGAGCCAGUGGCCUUCUCACGUCAGCCAGCAUCAGCCUUAUAUGUCCUCCUCAGCCUCCCUGCAGCCCAUCACACGCCCGCCUCAGUCAUCCUACCAGACGCCACCGUCACUGCCAAACCACAUCUCCAGAGCGCCCAGCCCCGCCUCCUUCCAGCGCUCCCUGGAGAGUCGCAUGUCUCCAAGCAAGUCCCCCUUCCUGCCCUCCAUGAAGAUGCAGAAGGUCAUGCCCACCGUCCCCACGUCCCAGGUCGCGGGGCCGCCCCCCCAGCCACCCCCAAUCAGAAGGGAGAUUACCUUUCCUCCUGGCUCUGUGGAAGCAUCACAGCCAGUCUUGAAACAAAGGCGAAAGAUUACCUCAAAAGAUAUCGUUACUCCUGAGGCCUGGCGUGUGAUGAUGUCCCUUAAAUCAGGUCUUUUGGCUGAAAGUACUUGGGCUUUGGACACUAUUAACAUUCUCCUGUAUGAUGACAGCACUGUCGCUACUUUCAACCUCUCCCAGUUGUCCGGAUUUCUCGAACUUUUAGUAGAGUACUUUAGGAAAUGCCUGAUUGACAUUUUUGGAAUUCUUAUGGAAUAUGAAGUGGGAGACCCCAGCCAAAAAGCACUUGAUCACAGUGCGGUGAAGAGAGAGGACAGCCAGUCCUUGGCUGACGAUUCUGGGAAAGAGGAGGAAGAUGCUGAAUGUAUUGAGGAGGAGGAGGACGAGGAGGAGGACGAGGAGGAGGAUGGUGGGAAGACCGAGACUGAGGACCGGAGCAUCACGGCUGUGACCUCCCCCGAUGCCGCUGCAGAUCCAAAGGAGAAGCCCAGGCAAGCGAGUAAGUUCGACAAGCUGCCAAUAAAGAUAGUCAAAAAGAACAACUUGUUUGUCGUCGACCGAUCUGACAAGCUGGGUCGUGUUCAAGAGUUCAGCAGCGGACUUCUGCACUGGCAGCUCGGCGGUGGGGACACCACCGAGCACAUCCAGACUCACUUUGAGAGCAAGAUUGAAAUUCCUCCUCGCAGGCGUCCACCUCCCCCUUUAAGCUCCACAGGUAGAAAGAAAGAGCAAGAAGGAAAAGGGGAUUCUGAGGAGCAGCAAGAGAAAAGCAUCAUUGCAACCAUCGAUGAUGUCCUGUCUGCCCGGCCAGGGGCUCUACCAGAAGAUGCAAACCCUGGUGCCCAAACCGACAGCAGUAAGUUUCCCUUUGGAAUCCAUCAAGCCAAAAGUCACCGCAACAUCAAGCUGCUGGAGGAUGAGCCGAGGAGCCGGGAUGAGGCUCCGCUCUGCACCAUCGCACACUGGCAGGACUCGCUGGCUAAGCGCUGCAUCUGUGUGUCGAAUAUCGUCCGGAGCUUGUCUUUUGUGCCUGGGAAUGACGCCGAAAUGUCCAAACAUCCAGGCUUGGUGCUGAUCCUGGGGAAGCUGAUUCUUCUUCACCACGAGCAUCCCGAGAGGAAACGGGCGCCGCAAACAUAUGAGAAGGAGGAAGACGAGGACAAAGGGGUGGCCUGCAGCAAAGAUGAGUGGUGGUGGGACUGCCUUGAGGUCUUAAGGGAUAACACGUUGGUCACCUUGGCCAACAUUUCUGGGCAGCUAGACUUGUCUGCUUACACGGAAAGCAUCUGCUUGCCAAUUUUGGAUGGCUUGCUGCACUGGAUGGUGUGCCCGUCUGCGGAGGCACAAGACCCCUUUCCAACUGUGGGACCCAACUCUGUCCUGUCGCCUCAGAGACUUGUGCUGGAGACGCUCUGUAAACUCAGCAUCCAGGACAAUAAUGUGGACCUGAUCUUGGCCACGCCUCCAUUUAGCCGUCAGGAGAAAUUCUAUGCCACGUUAGUUAGGUACGUUGGGGAUCGCAAAAACCCAGUCUGUCGAGAAAUGUCCAUGGCGCUUUUAUCGAACCUUGCCCAAGGGGACGCGUUGGCUGCAAGGGCGAUAGCUGUGCAGAAAGGAAGCAUUGGAAACUUGAUAAGCUUCCUGGAGGAUGGGGUCACGAUGGCCCAGUAUCAGCAGAGCCAGCAUAACCUCAUGCACAUGCAGCCCCCGCCUCUAGAGCCCCCUAGCGUGGACAUGAUGUGCAGGGCGGCCAAGGCUCUGCUGGCCAUGGCCAGAGUGGACGAGAACCGCUCAGAGUUCCUUCUGCACGAGGGUCGAUUGCUGGAUAUCUCGAUAUCAGCCGUCCUGAACUCUCUGGUUGCGUCUGUCAUCUGUGAUGUACUGUUUCAGAUUGGGCAGUUAUGACAUCAGUGAGAGGCAGCAUGUGUGAGUGAAGACUAGAGGCUCCCGUAUAACUGGCUGUUUUCUGUUCUUGUUUCUCCAGCGUAGGAAGAAGGAAAGAAAAUCUUUGCUCCUCUGCCCCAUUCACUAUUUACCAAUUGGGAAUUAAAGAGAUAAUUAAUUCAAACAGUUAUGAAAUUAAUAUUUGCUGUCUGUGUGUAUAAGUACAUCCUUUUGGGUUUUUUUUUAUUUUGUUUUGUUUUUUAACCAAAGUUGCUGUCUAGUGCAUUCAGAGGUCACUUUUUGUUUUUCACAUACUUUCUUUUUAAUGUUCUUUUCCAUGUUGUACUGCAUUUUUUGGGAAGCGAAUUGACUUUAAAGAAAAAAGUUGUGGCAAAAGAUGCUAAGAUGGGAAAAUUUCACCACACUGAGGCAAAAAGGUGGAAAAUUAUCAAUUUCCUAGCUGUGCUAUUCUUCAGGUAAUGAAAAAUAAAAACUGUAUCCCAUCUCCCAAAAAGCUCUGUGCAAUAGAAACUCCUAGAGAUGUAGGUACAGGGGCUCACAGAAGUGUGUCAGUCAGCAGGCAAUUAUGAAAUGAUACUGGUUUCUUCACAGGAAAAUGGUUACAUUAGGCUAGGAGCAAAAACAAGGUUUUUUUUUUAAGUUAAGAUUGAAAACACAUCCCUGACAACGAUCAAUGGAAAUUGCUUCCUCACCACUACCGUCAUGUCUGCUGUCUGUCGUUUGACCUUCCACAUGACAGUUCUUCACAAUUCCUUUAAUCAUUUUUUAAAUAUUUUUUUUACUGCCUAUGGGCUGUGAUGUAUAUAGAAGUUGUACAUUAAACAUACCCUCAUUUUUUUCUUUUCUUUUUUCUUUUUUUUUUUUUUUUUUAGUACAAAGUUUUUAGUUUCUUUUUCAUGAUGUGGUAACUACGAAGUGAUGGUAGAUUUAAAUAAUUUUUUAUUUUUGUUUUAUAUAUUUUUUCAUUAGGGCCAUAUCUCCAAAAAAAAGAAAAAAUACAAAAAACAAAAACAAAAAAAAAAAACAAAAAAAAGAGGGUAAUGUACAAGUUUCUGUAUGUAUAAAGUCAUGCUCUAUUUCGGGAGAGCAGCUGAUCACAAUUUGCUUCAUGAAUCAAGGUGUGGAAAUGGUUUGCAUAUGGAUUGAUUUAGAAAAUGGUUACCAGUACAGACAAAAAGGAAAAAAUACAACUAAAAGGAAGAAACACAACUUCAAAGAUUUUUCAGUGACAAGAAUCCACAUUUGUAUUUCAAGAUAAUGUAGUUUAAAAAAAAAAGAAAAAAACUUGAUGUAAAUUCCUCCUUUUCCUCUGGCUUAAUGAAUAUCAUUUAUUCAGUAUAAAAUCUUUAUAUGUUCCACAUGUUAAGAAUAAAUGUACAUUAAAUCUUGUUAAG